AUGGUCUCAAAUACUCCCUUCCGGCCAUCGCCCUUAUCCUUUGGGUCUCCUCGACCUUCCCCCUUUCGUCGACCAUCUACACCUAACUCGCCGCCGACACAGAUCCGUCCCAGCACACCAGGAACGGCAGGAAGCUCUCCGGGGCGAGGAUAUACUCCAGUACAGUCACCAAGCAAGUUAAACCAGACAUAUACAGUCGCAGAUGACGAUGGGUCCUCUCCGAAGAGCAAUGACCGAAUCCCACAACCCAGGUUUACCAGGCAGGUGCCGUCCUCGCCAACCAAGGGGGCAGAUGCCCCCGAUGAUUCCUCCUCCAUCAUGGAAGCAAAGACUGCCAGCAUGCUGGCUGCUUCGAGCGAUGCAGCUGCCAGACUGGCGCCUGCACAGUUGAGGGAGAUUCGCGAGGCAUUCCAAGUCCUUGACAGAGAUAACGAUGGGUCGGUCAACAAGGACGAUGUAGCUGAUGUACUUGUGAAUAUCGGCCAGGAUGCCUCGAUGAUUUCGCAAUUCUUCCCUCCAGGAAGCGAUCAGACGAUGAAUUUCCCUACAUUUCUGAAUAUGCUGUCCAGUCUGCUUGCGCCUCUUUCUUCUCGCCAGGAACUGAUGAAUGCUUUGGCUGCUUUUGACGACGAUGAUAGCGGACAGAUUGAUGUUGCGGAGCUACGCGAUACCCUCUUACACACAGCCUCGGAGGAUGGGCAGUCACCGCUGACGGAGAAGGAUAUCAACGAGGUAUUGAGUGGAUUCACCGGACGCAGAGUGUUUGGUGGGAAAGCCGGGAAACUGUCUGGAGGAGGGAAAAGAGGGGAGGUCUUUCGGUAUCAGGAGUUUGUUGACAGUGCCAUAGGAGGAUCAGCAAGUGGGCGCCGCGAUCCUGAUACUGUCGCGAGAUAG